CGGCGGGCGGGGAGCCCCAGUCCGCAUGCUCCGUGGCUGCGGCCGGCCGGGCGGCGAGGUGGCGACGGCUGCGCGCCCCGGGGCUGCAGUGGCGGCCGCCGCGGCUCCGGGCAGAGCCCCGCGGGUCUCCGCGCCCCUGCUCCGGGGGCCGCCUGGGCCACGGCAAGGGGCCCCGAGGCUCCUCCAUGCUUGCAGCCCCGGGGCUGCGGAGCCGGCCGGGUGGCUCCUGCAAUGGCUGCGGAAGAGGAGGCUGCGGCGGGAGUUGCUCCCCAGGACUAGCGUCACUGCCUCAGCUCCGCCUCAGACCAUCAGGCUUCGGAUUCCCAGAAGGAGCACGCAACUCAGAGCCCUCACAUGUGCAGUUUGUGGGUUCGUGCGCCUGUGACAAUCUAAUGCCGCUGCCGAUGUGACGGGAGGUGGAGCUCUGGAGGUGAGGCACAGCGUUGAUGGAGGAGAACCAGUGUGUUACUCCUGGAGUUCCCAGUCACGUGAACCCAGGGACAAAGCCAGCCGCUGUUGGAUGCUUCAGCUCACAUGUGACCGAGUUCCCAAGAAAACGCAAAGGAAGUGAUUCAGACCCAUCCCAGUCAGGAAUCAUGACAGGAAAAGUGGUGGAAAAGCUUUCCCAGAAUCCCUUUACCUGUCUUCUUUCAACAAGGAUAGAAAUAUCAGCUUCCAGUGGCAACAGAGUGGAAGAUGGUGACCAACAAGUAAAAGUGAAGCCCUUCAGGGAAGCUCAUAGCCAAACCGAAAAGCGGAGAAGAGAUAAAAUGAAUAACCUGAUUGAAGAACUGUCUGCGAUGAUUCCCCAGUGCAAUCCCGUGGCACGUAAACUGGACAAACUCUCGGUCUUAAGAAUGGCUGUUCAGUACCUGAAAUCUUUAAAAGGCAUGACAGAUUCUUAUGUAGGAGAUAAUUAUAGACCUUCAUUUAUUCAGGAUAAUGAGCUCAGACACUUAAUCCUUAAAACUGCAGAAGGCUUCCUAUUUGUGGUUGGAUGUGAAAGAGGAAAAAUUCUCUUCGUUUCUAAGUCAGUCUCCAAAACACUUAAUUAUGAUCAGGCUAGUUUGACUGGACAAAGCUUAUUUGACUUCUUACACCCAAAAGAUGUUGCCAAAGUAAAGGAACAACUUUCUUCUUCUGAUAUUUCACCAAGAGAGAAGCUUAUAGAUGCCAAAAGUUUGCAAGUUCAUAGUCAUUUCCGCACUGGAAGGAUGCACAUGUACUCUGGCUCAAGACGAUCCUUUUUCUGUCGGAUAAAGAGCUGUAAAAUCUCUGUCAAAGAAGAGCAUGAGUGCUUCCCCAACUCAAAGAAGAAAGAGCUUAGAAAAUUUUAUACCAUCCACUGCACUGGUUACCUGAGAAGCUGGCCUCCAGGUAUUGUUGGAAUGGAAGAAGAAAGGGACAUGAAGAAAGACAACAGUAAUUUUAACUGCCUUGUUGCCAUUGGAAGGUUACACCCAUAUAUUGUUCCACAGAACAGUGGAGAGAUUAAAGUGAAACCAACUGAGUUUAUAACCCGGUUUGCAAUGAAUGGAAAAUUUGUCUACGUAGAUCAAAGGGCAACAGCAAUUCUAGGAUAUUUGCCUCAGGAACUUCUGGGAACUUCGUGCUAUGAAUAUUUUCAUCAAGAUGACCAUAGUAAUUUGACCGACAAGCACAAAGCAGUCCUACAGAGUAAGGAGAAAAUAUUUACAGAUUCAUACAAAUUCAGAGCCAAAGAUGGCUCUUUUGUAACUUUAAAAAGCCAGUGGUUUAGUUUCACAAAUCCUUGGACCAAAGAACUGGAAUAUAUUGUAUCCGUCAACACCUUAGUUUUGAGGCAUAGUGAGAUGGGAGAAGCAUCGUUUUUCCCUUGUAGCUCUCAGUCAUCAGAAGCAUCCUCCAAACAGUCUCGUAUCACUGUGCCUGGAAUGUCUACCGGAACAGUGCUUGGUGCUGGUAGUAUCAGAACAGAUAUUGCAAAUGAAGUGCUGGAUUUACAAAGGUUACAGUCAUCUUCAUCCCUUGAUGAUUCAAGUUCAACAGAUUUAAUGAAAGAUACUCACACUGUAAACUGCAGACAUAUGUCAGACAAGGAGAUGUUUCCUUUAAGUCCUUCUGAAAUGGGGCAGCUAGAGGCUACCAGGCCAAGCCAGGGUACUGCUGCUGCCCACAGUCAGGAACCACUCCUCAGUGAUGGUGCACAGCUGGAUUUUGAUGCCCUGUGUGACAAUGAUGACACAGCCAUGGCUGCAUUCAUGAAUUACUUAGAAGCAGAGGGGGGCCUGGGAGACCCUGGGGACUUCAGUGACAUCCAGUGGACACUCUAGCAUUUGAUUUUUAAUUCUAAAAAUGAGAAAUAUUUUAAAGCAUUUCAUUUACAAAAAAAGCUGUCUAUUCUACAUACUGCAUCGGUACUGUUUUUAUCUUUUCUUUUCUUUCUUUUUUUUUUCUUAAUCAGGCCCAGGCAAGGUUCAAGCUCACCGCCCCCAGCUUGCCAGGCCAGCACUCUUAACUACUGAGCUGUGGUGCCCAGCUUGUUUUUAUCUUUUAUUAAUGGUCUACAAAUUUUUGUAGAGUUGCACCUUACUCUCACAGAUGUGGGGAAAUAUAUAUAUUUCCCUACCAAGAGAACCAGAAUUUAUUACAGAUCCGUUUACUUGUGUAAUGGCUUAAAAUUCACAAAUUGCCAUAUUUUUGCUAAAAUAUUUCUAACCAAGAGUAUCUUAUACAUAUUGUUUUGGUUUUGUUUUUAUUUUUGAUGCAGCUUUUUGGAGUUUGAAUAAUGUAAUAUUUUGACCUUUCCCUGUGUCUGAGAUUCAUUCAUAAUAGAUUAAUAGUAGUGGGUUUGUGUACUUUGAACAUUUCUUUUCCUUGUAUAUUCCCUUAAUUGAGGAUAGGGCUACACACUUUAAGAAAAUGGUAAGUACUUGAACUUUCAACGGGAUGGUGCAAUUUAUAGUCGUAAUCACAAGGAAAACCAUAUUUAAUCUCUGUAGACUUGGGUAAGCAGAGAGCCAGGAUAUCUAUGCUCAGUUGAGAACUUUAAGAUGGAUAUUAAGGGAGAUGAUUUCUUAUUUAAAACUCAGAAAAAGCUGAAAGAGUUUCAGCUUUGCUUCCAGAAAAGGAAGGAUCUUGGUGAUUAACCUUUGCAUAUAAGAUUGACUCUAUAAUAUAACUACUCACAAUUUUCAUUAUAGAUAGAAUAGAUUUUUGACAUUGAAAAGGUGCUUAACAAUAGAUUAAUCCUAGAAGAAAAUAGAGGCCCAGGCAGAUUAAAUGUCUUUUAUAGAGUCACACAUUUGAUUCAUAUACUUUUUAAUGUUUAAAUGUGUAUAAAACAGUUUCUUUAUACAAUUUGGUAAUGCAGUGGUCUCACUAGUUAAAUGAUUGAUUACCUGACCCAAGAACUAGUUAAUAGCCUUUUUAAAUUUGGUAAUUACAGUUCUUACUGCCUAUAACCAAAGGUAAUAAAAUAAAUGGCAAGUACAUUUUUUAAAUCCCCAGACAAAGAGAGAUAAUUUAAAAAGUGAUUUCCUAGUUACAAUUAAAAAUUUGGAGAGCAUUAUUUUAACAAUCUGGAGGUAAUUCAAUUUUAGUGUAAGGAUUAAGUUUAUUUAAAAUACUACAUAUGUCUACCUUCUUGGGAAUGGCACUUUUAUAAGUUUGUUUUAAUAGGUCUUUAUGGUUUACCAAGUAUGUUCCCAUUUAUUCACUUUUGUGCCUCACAAAUGGGAAGACCACAAAACUCAUGGGGAAACUGCCAGGCUUCCCUGUGGAGUUCAGAUCUAGUUUCCUUUCUCUCUAUGGUCCUACUCCCUGCCAGCUGAUUUCCCUUAGAGCCCCUCAGCAAAACAAAGCAUCAUUUCUCAUGCUGGUUUUUCAGCUGUAGGUGAUGGGAACUUCCCUCAGACAUUAACAGUUAGCAUACCAAGAGUCAUUAACCAAAGCAAAUUUUUCCUUCCAGUGGGUGUGUAGACAAGGAUGUGCUGGCACAUCGUCCUCUUGAGCUGAUGGUGCUCCAGCCAUGCUGGAGGGUCAGCACCAUUUCUGGUCUGACACUUGAGGACUUGAGUAACAUCCAGGUUUAGAUGAAGCUGGGGGGGGGGGAGCGGAAGCUGUAAGGUGGAGGGCAUUGGCAUGCAGCAGCUUAAGCAUGAUAGUUCAGUCUGAAGAAGGAUGCCAGAUCAUGUCUGUUCUCUAAGUCAGGCAGAGGCCUGCCUACCAAUAUAACUUUGUAAAGGAUUGAACUAUUGCAUGUUGACCUUGGUUUCCAAAGAGUCUACCUCAGCCAUUGGUAGCACAGGGUAGGUCAACAAUGGCUGGCUGGCCUCCAAGCAGGCAGGGCAAACCCCUAUGAUGUAGGAAUUUGAGAGGCAGACAGACCAGUGCUGCCUUGCACAGUAGCAGUUUUUCUCUUUGCGGGAGGAGGGGUUACUACAGAGGCCAGUGGGCGAAUAGCCAAUUGAAUGCUCUGCGGGCGGUUUGAGCAUUAGUUUAAUAUGUAAAUCCCCUUGUCCUGGACUCAGAAUCCGGUCCACGCAUUGCCCACUACCAUGGCUCUCAGGUUAGGGUCUUCUUUAAAAUGCAUUCCUUUAACUAAAUUUGAUUGCUGGUAGAAGUGACAGAUUUUUAUGGCUUCUAUUAUAUUAAUUUUUUACAUAAGAAUUAGUUCCUCAGAUAUGUGAUAAAUAUAUCUACAAAUUUCAUGAAAGUAUCAUAAAAAGAGUACUCCAGGAUUUUUUUUUUUUUUUAACUCUUAAGAAUUACCAUUAUAGGCCAGGUGUGGUGGCUCACACCUGUAAUCCUAGUACUCUGGGAGGCCAAGUAGGGUGGAUUGCUUGAGCUCACAGGUUUGAGACCAGCCUGAGCAAAAGCGAGACCCCAUCUCUACUAAAAAUAGAAAAACUGAGGCAAGAGGAUUACUUGAGCCCAAGAUUUGGAGGUUGCUGUGAACUAUGACGCCACGGCACUUUACCCAGGGCAACAGCUUGAGAUUCUGUCUCAAAAAAAAAAAAGAAUUACCAUUAUAGUCAUGUAGUAGAGUGGGGAAAGUGCCUAGAGUCAGAAGAGCCUGUUCAGCCUGAAUUUAGCUGUGUGACCUCAAGCAAGCCAUUUAAACUCUCUGUGCCUCUGUUUCCUCAUUUAAAAAAAAAGAGAGAGAGAUUGGAUCUCUAAGUUUACUUCCACCUCUGAUUCUAUGAUUCUGAUCCUCAGGACUUGAGCAUUAAUGAGGCUCCUAGAACUGUGCUGUCCAGUGCUGUAGCCACCAGCCAUUUGGCUACUGAGCACCUGAAAUGUGGCUGAUACAAAUUGAGAUGUGUCAUAAAUGUCAAAUACACGUCAGAUCUUGAAGACUUAGUGUCGCAAAAAAUGUAUCACAUUAACAAUUUUAUAUUAAUUCUAUGUUCAAAUGAUAUUUUGGGUAUAUGGAACUAAAUAGAACAUUAAAAUACAUUCUCCUUACAUCUUUUUCAUUUAAAAUUACAAACGUGGCUCACAUCCUAUUUCUAUUGGACAGCACUACUCUAGAGUAUUUUAUUAUAUGGGUGUUAUUGAAGUAGACCAAAGGGUAUAACGGUAUUUCUCUCCAUACAAUGUUUAAAGAACAAUUAUUUAUUGAUUCUUGACUUAGCAUGAUCAUAUAACUGAGUCUCCAUCCGUGUACCAAAUUUAAAACUUUUUUGAAAACAGUAAACUUAAAAUUGUUAUCAGGUAUUUUAUUACGUGGGGGCAGCCUGAAAUAAGGGGAGUUAAAGAGAAGUGUUUAUUUACAGUACCACGACAGAAAAGGCUAAAUUGGUUGGCAUAGUCUUUGAGAAAUCUCUGUAGAAUCUAGGUCGCGGGAGUAUGAAAUGGCCAAUAUCUAGUUACCAGACUGUGUUUAGUGGUGUCCAGUUUCAGAUCCUGCUGUGAAGAGGCAUCUGCCCCUCAGGUAGGUCAUCACUGGCUUCUGGAAUUGGAGACUUAGGUUUGCCCAGCACAGUGUUAUGGGCAGAAAAGGGCUGAGUGACAGCUAGAAUUACCUAGAAGCCAUAAAGAAAAACUGCCAAGUGCCCACUAGGUGGCACUUUUCCAUUUCUACAGCGCUUUGUUUUCAUCAGUGGACUGUUUUUUCCAAGCUCCAUAGAGCCUGUGAGAGGCGUUUAAGACUUUUGUGCCUAGACUAAGUCAGCCUGUCUGGUGUGCGUUGUUUUAUGGGAAAUGCUUUCCAAGGGAAGCCUAGCAAGAUCUCACAUAACAUAAGCACUUUGGCUUAGGGAGCUAUUCAGAUGUGGCACCAAUCAAAGCUGACCUAGAAAGAAAACCUAUUCCUCGUUGAAAAUGCUUUCUGAAUUGACUCCGGAGUGUACCAAGUGUGUCACUGCGUGUACAUUCUUGAGUUUAGUCUUUUCUACAAUUUUUAGCUCUUUUCCAGUUUACUUGAUCUUGUCUGUACAUUGGUAUUUUUAAAAUUUUGUGGUAAAUGAUGAAGAGUGAAAUUAAAUUAUAUUUUAUAAUAAUUACUAUAUAGUAGUUUGUAGUUCUUU